AUGGACACUGCUGGUGGAGCACAGCACCUCCUGGAGCUGAGGGUGGUGCUCCUGGGGUGGAGCCGGGCUGGGAAGAGCUCGGCGGGGAACACCAUCCUGGGCUGCGACAUAUUCGAGUUAGCAAGGAGAACUCCACAGUGUGAGUCAUUGUACAGAGAAGUGGCUGGGAGGAAAGUCACCGUGGUCGACACUUUUGGCUGGAAGGAAUCCUCUGCCCGGGACACUCCGGAGGAGGAGAAACAGGAACUUGUGAACAGUGUGACCCUGUAUGGGCAUGGCCCUCAUGCCAUCCUCUUGGUCAUUCCUAUAGACAUCCCGAUCACAGAGGAAUACAGGAGAGCCGUGGAGGAGCACCUGGAGCUUCUCAAUGUGAGGGUCUGGAGACACACUGUCAUCCUGUUCACCUUUGGCGACUGUCUCAGAGGCCAGACCAUUCAUCAGCACAUCGAGGGCGAAGGGGCGGCCCUCCAGUGGCUUGUUGGGAAAUGUGGGAACAGGUAUCAUGUUCUCAACAACAAGAAAAGAAAGGAUCGCACACAGGUUACAGAGCUGUUGGAGAAAAUAGAGCAGAUGGUGGCAGGAAAUGGAGGCUGCCGUUUUAAAAUGGAUGGAGGAGAUCCAGAGAAGAUGAAAGAGCAUGCAAGCACAGAUGAAGAUCAAGCAAAGCAAGGACUACAGACAGAUACAACAGAGAGAGAGCUGGGUAGAGAGCACUUUGUCUCAGAACUGAGGGUCGUGCUUCUGGGGUGGAGAAAUACAGGGAAGAGUUCAGCGGGAAACACCAUCCUGGGCAGGAAGGAGUUUGGAGCAAGCUCAAAACAUCAUACAAGAAGAGAAGGCAUAGUCGCUGGAAGGAAGAUUAUUGUGGUGGACACUCCUGGAUGGCAAAGAAAGCCAAUACUUAACACUUCAGAGCACUAUAAACAGAAUAUUGUGCAUUCAGUGUACAUGUGCCCCCCAGGACCCCACGCCCUCUUCUUGGUGGUUGAAUUAUUUUCAGCAUUCACAGAGGCACAAAGGAAAUCAUUGGAGGAACACCUGGAGCUUCUCAGCAAGAGAGCCUGGAAACACGUGAUGGUGCUGUUCACAGGCGGGGACCGGCUGCAAGACGCCACCAUCAAGCAGCACAUCAGCAAUCAAGGAGAAGCCCUACAAUGGCUGGUACAGAAAUGUGGGAACAGGUACCAUGUCCUCAACAACAAGAACAGGAAUGACUGGUCCCAGGUCACCAAGCUGCUGGAGAGGACGGUGGAGAUGGUGGCCGAAAACAAUGGCGGUCAUUAUGAAUUGGACAGCAGGGUGUCACAGGAGACAGAGGAGGAGCGGAUUCUGGUGGUGGAGCGAGCUCAGCUGAGACUGAUGAAGGUGAAGACGGAGAGAGAGAGAAUUCAAGCACACUUCAAAGAGGCACACAAAAGAGCAGUGGAGGACCACAUGGAAGUUUUCAGUGAGAGGGUCUGGAGAUACACUAUGGUGCUGUUCACCAAGGGAGACUGGUUGAAAGACACCACCAUUGAGCAGCACAUUGAAAUCGAAGGAGAGGCCCUCCAAUGGCUUGUGGAGAAAUGUGGAAAUCCGUACCAUGUUUUCAACAAUCUAGAUCAUGGAAAUGGCUCUCAGGUCACAGAGCUGCUGGAGAAGAUAGAGGAGAUAGUGGCAGGAAACAGCGGCCGGUACUUCAGCUCUGUGAGAUUCCUGGAGGGUGGGGAAAAAAGCAGAAGCAGAGAACAGGCAAUGAAAGGGACAGUAAGCGGAGGGAGCAAAGCCCCUAGCAGCUUGGCAGAGAGCUGUGAACUGGAACAGGAAGGAGCAUGUGCUAAAGUGAAUGAUUGGCUGAAAAGUUCAGAAAGCUCUGGGUACAGCUCAUUGAAUUCUGCAUCAGACAGAGUGAGCAUAGAGGGGACUGAGUUUUGGAAAGAGGAUAAAGAUGAAGAAGAGGAGAAGGGAGGGGCACGUUGGGAGAAGGAAUCUGCAGAGAAGAUCAAUGAGGAAUUGAAAGUGGCAGUGCGUGAGGAGGAGGAUCCACAGGUCUUUGAACCUGACCCUCAGUUCCUCAACUUUGACCCUGGCUCAGGAGAACAAGUCAAGAUGCUGAAGCAGGGCAGAGAUGCUCUGAAUUAUGAGAAAUGGCAGCUGAAAGAACACAUCAAACUCCUCCAGCAGAUCUUGCACCUAAACGAGCUUUACCAGGACAGUAACAAUACUGGACAGCAGAAACUGGACUCUGAGAAUCAUGAAUCAGAGGCACGGAUGAAGGAGGCCCUCAGGAUUCAGAAACAUAAGAUGCAGGAGAUGGAACGACAGCAUCUCAAAACUGAGGCCCUCCUUAAUACCAAGAUUGCCCUUGAGGAAAAACGAGUGCAGGAAAAUUGGAUCAACACCUGUGUGGCAGAACGUGCUCUGGAAGCUGAGAGGAAAGAGACCGCCAGCCUGAGAGAGCAACUGAUGGAAGCUCUAACUAAACUGGCUCAUAUCAGGAGCCCUGUGUUUUUACCUGCUACAGUCAGUUUUGACCAACAAAUGACCGAUCAUAGCAAAGAUGGCAGUGCCAUGCAGACAUCUUCUGGCAGUGCUUUGGAUGAAUCAGAGAACACCACUUUCCUCAGUGUCAGUGAUGAAGUAGAUCAGUACAAGAAGAAACUGCAGGCUUCAGAGAAUAUGGUUCAGCAGCUAGAAGAACACAUUCAGAAGUUGGAGUGUGACAAAGCUUCCCUGCACAGUCAAAAACAGUACAUGGAUAAUCUGAUUGCAAUCAUGCAAGAGAAGCUUGCGAUUAUGGAUGACCUGUGUCAACAAAAGGACAAUGCUCUACAGGAGAAGCUGGCUCAGGAACAGCUGGAGCAGCAUGAGAAGGACAUUAGAGCUGCAGGACCCAAGGAGGAAAUCAGGGCGUUCAAGCAGAGGAUCCAGGAGAUUGAGGGAAAGCAUCAUAAAACUGAGGCUGACCUCCAGUCAAAGAUUGAAUUUCAUAAGAAACAGGCAGAGCAGAACAGGAUUAGCACCCUUGUGUCUGAACGGGCCCUCCUGUUAGAGAGGAGAGAGACAGAGAGCCUCCGUAAAAAGCUGGUGGAGGUCAGUGCUAAAUUGGCUGGGUACCAAGGAUUACUCUGUGAACCCACUGCUAGCUGCUCUGCCCAGCAGAUACCCCCUGCUAGAAAAGGUGUUACAAAGAAGAGUGAUUUGGGUGAAUUGACAAAUAGCACUCCUGAAGCUCUUGAAAAGGAACACAAUUCAUUCAUGAAAAAACUGCUGGCAGAGGAGUGUGAGCUUCAGCAGCUGCAGGAAGAAAACAGCACUAGCACUCUGGAGCAGGAACGAGCUACAAGUAAAGACAAAUGCCAUCUCAAAAUGCAGAUUAAGAGCCUCCAGCACAAACUGAACAAAAUGAAGGAGAUGUUUCAGUAA